ACUGAACAUCAUGUGUUUCCACAAAAUUCAAAAGGAAAAAUUAAGUCGAUAGCCUACUCUUUUCUAAUGGUUCCGUACAUCCAUUAUCCUAAAACCAACCACCAGUGCUUCGACUGGUACAAUUUUCCGCGUAGUCUACUUGCACCAUAACAUACUUCUAAGGCCCCAUAUUUUUUUAUUUUCCUAAUCUAUCAAAUAAAGGUAUGUUCACAUCUGUAAGGAAAGGCCUGCCUGUUGGGUACCUUGAGAAAACUUCGGACAGGUUCAUGCACCUAUCACUCGCUCGUAAAUGAUACAAAGUGCAAUAAAUCGACGUCACGGAGCUCAAUUAUUUGCAACACGGAACAAAUUGGCACUCGAAAACCCCAUCCACUACGGCGGAACCAUAAAAAUGUUAAUAGUCUCAUUAUAUCAAACAAAACUUACCAGUUACGCUUUAUCCUCAACCUGCGACUUGGAGUUUGGACUUCAUUCUUCGCGGGGAUCCCGAACUAUUGACAUGUGCUCGCAUAAAGCUAAAUAAACAAACCGAGUGUAACGGUAAACGAAAAUGGAAGGCAACUCAUCGUCAAUAUUCAAAACAAAUGUGACUCUUGAUCAAGUUAUGGACUUCUUCAACCUAACCCUUGCAAACGUUACAAAUGAAAGUGAAGUGUCGCAAAUACAUCUGUUCGAUUUGUACGAAGCCUACAAAACCAGGGAAAAGGAGCAACUGCUGACUUACAAAUGGGUCGCGUAUAUCCUAGGAAUUCUUAUCAUACUCAGUAAUUUAACAGUGGUUAUAUCUAGUGGAUUAAUUUUAAAAAAAGGACAGCAGCCAAAAAGCACGUACCUCUUACUGGGAAACGUGUCUCUAGCUGACACCAUAAUCGGGAUUUCGAUUAUAUUCGGUGCUUCAGUCGACAACUCCAUGAGCUCCAAUCAGCUGUGCAUCUUUCAGCUUGGUAUGUUAGUCUGCCCAGCCAUGGUGUCCAUCUUCAGUGUAGGCCUCAUUGCCAUAGACCGGUACAUCUAUAUCCUACAUGGCCUCUACUACCAGAGAUGGUUCAACACCACCCGCGUCAGGAUCGGGAUCGUCUGCAUAUGGAUUAUUGGGACCAUUCUUGGGUUCAUGCCGGUCACUGGAUGGGUCAACCACGAACCCAUUGAUGCUCGAUGUUCCUACGUCGCCGUGUACCCCGGCUCUCUUAUAUUGUUUAACUCCUUAUUGAGCACCAUACCUAUCAUUAUUGUCACGAUUUUAUACUCUGUAAUAUUACUACAAGCACUAAAAACUCAAAACAAUAUCAAAGCCACCGAGAAGUCCGUAAAAGGUAGUCUAGAUUCAACGGACGAACCCAAACUAAGAAUUUAUCGUGGCAACACUAAAAUAACGAACACUUUUAAACAACCUACAAAAAGUAAUGGUUGCAGAUUAAAAAGAAGCGCUUCAUUUAACAUGAAUGACGGUCAUUAUUGUUUAAAACAACCGACCAUUACCAGAUCUAAAAGUAAUGAUGAUCUCAAUAUUAGUACAAUAAACACGUCCCUACCAUACAUAGAAAGAAUUCAAACGAGCAAAACCAGGCACGAGUCGAACUUCAGCGUGUGCACAGUAGAAUCGAGUUAUUCUUAUGGUCAUUCUUUAGAAGAUAUUACGAAAACAAAAAAUGGGCAUUGUUUUGUGAAAUCGUGGAAAAGAAAACGUAAAGCAAAGGAACCGCCGAAUAAAUGGAGGGCGGUGUCCAUUGUAAUGCUAACAACGUUUAGCUUUAUAGUCACGUGGAUGCCUUUUUUUAUUAUUGUCUCAUUUUAUGUGUUGUGUGAAGAAAAGCUGACUAAUCCUAGAUGUUUACAGCAGCGUUACUUGCUAAUGGGGCCUGUUGCGGCUCUAGCAUUUACAAAUAGCGUAUUUAACCCACUCAUUUACGCUUGGUGGCAUAAAGGCUUCCAAAGAAGCAUCAAAAAGUACUUUGAAAGGUACUGCCGGCAGUACUUCUGUAAAGAUGACUUCAGAUAGUGAACGAUACCUGAUUUGACUCGGAUUCCCCGAACUAUUUUUUGUAGAGCUAACCAUGACUGUUAAUAAUAAUUGUAAAUGUGCUGUGAAUAACUGGUUUAUUUAUGCUUUUAUUCGUAACUCUCGUAGAUGUGCAGAAUGUUAAUUACAAUGUGGAUAACACAUUAAACUAAUUCUCAUCAAAAAUAUUUUAUUUUACAUCGUCUAAUCGAAUUAGUAUCAAACUCGUACAACAAAAAAUUUUAAAUGAGUAAUAUUUCACAUUGAAAUCGACAUUUGAACAUAAUUUUGUUUGUAAUGAUGACUAAACAAUUUCUGCUGUUCAAUAUUAAUUAAUUUAACGUCAUCAGAUCAAAUACUUUUUACAUGUUAUGAUAAAUUAUUGUUAUUGUUACUUUUUGUCUAUUUUUCUUUAGAACUGGUUGUUAAUUUGACUUUUAGUGCAAAAAGUAAGGCGCUCUACCAUAGCGCUCUAACUGGAAACUACGCCGUUUCGGUAACAGAGAGGGCAGAAACAAUUCGCAGUCCAAAAUAACGUUGACCAGUAGAGAUGCCCAUUGUGAAGAGCGCCUUAAACUCGUAGUGUUCAUCAAGUCGGCUAAAAGCCCUACUGUGACGUAAUUCGUACAGUUCCGCGUUAAGUAAAUCGCUUACUUUUUUAUCUGUCCAAUUAAAAUAAUGUUUUUUUACUUGUAGUUUUGUAAUGUAAUGUACAAAAUAUGUAUGUCAGGAUGUCAGGAGGUAAGGUCUACAAGGUUUGUCCCAAUAACUAUUGCCGUAAAUAUUUUUCCAGGGAUAUUCAUAGCGUGCUUACCAGCCAUGGGAUGGACUGGGCAGACCUUCAGAGAUUUCCGAUGCUUUUACAUAGCCGUAUUCCCUCCUUCGCU